AUGCCGGAUGUGGGGAAGCUGGAGGCUGAUGAAACUGUGAAUUCUGAAUAUCUGAUAAAACUGAAGAAAGACUUCCGUGACGAGAUCCUCGAAGGGGCGAAAAGCAGCCUUUCUGAAGAGUUCAAAUUAGGGAAAGCAGGAUUUCAGUCGAUAUGGGUAGACAAGAGCAGGAGUGUCCAAGGCUGGUUGGAGUCACAGAUUUACCAGCACGAUUACCAGCGGUGGGCCUUAAAGGACUAUGACUAUACCAAGUAUCACACAGUUGAUGAGAUCUCCAAGUGGAUGAAUCUGGUGACUGAACAAUACAAGGAUGUGGUGACUCAAGAUGUACUGGGGAUGACUUAUGAGAAUCAAACUAUUAACUACCUAAAGAUUGGGGAAAAAUCUGGUAAGCCCAAGAAGGUGAUCUGGAUGGAUUGUGGGAUCCACGCCAGGGAAUGGAUUGCUCCUGCCUUUUGCCAAUGGUUUGUGAAAGAGCUGCUAGAAAAUUACAAAACAGAUGAAAAGAUAAGCCGUUUUUUCCAAAACAUGGACUUCUACGUUGUUCCUUUACUGAACAUGGACGGGUAUAAUUAUACGUGGACGACUAAUCGUCUGUGGAGGAAAUCAAGGUCCCCCUCACCAUUUUCAAAUUGCUCAUGCUUUGGGACAGAUCUGAACAGGAAUUUUGAUGCUUCAUGGAAUAGUAUUGGAGCCUCCAUGAACUGCUGUUCGGAAAUAUUCUGUGGUUCUAAAGCAGAAUCUGAAAGUGAGGUUAAAGCAGUGGCGGAUUUGGUGGGCAGAAUAAAGAACGAUAUCCUUUGUUUCCUCACCAUUCACUCAUAUGGGCAGCUGAUUCUAAUGCCCUAUGGUCACCCAAACAAGACAGCCCCAAACCAUGAUGAACACUUGAAACUCGGACAAAAUGCUGCAAACGCUAUCAAACAGAAGCAUGGAACUUCAUAUAGAGUGGGUCCACCCUCACAGAUUUUGUAUCCUAAUUCUGGCUCUUCUCGAGAUUGGGCUCGGGAUAUUGGAAUUGAAUUUUCCUAUACGUUUGAGCUGAGAGACAAUGGCACCUUUGGAUUUAAACUGCCUGAGGAUCAGAUCCAGCCCACGUGUGAGGAGGCCAUGGCUGGUGUGACAACAAUCAUAGAAUACGUCCACAACAAGCACUUUGGCAGUGCAGCUGCAGCCACCGCUGCUCUGUGGUCAUUAGUACUGGCAUCGUAUUUGUCCCUGUUAGUGUUAGUGCAAUAG